AGUCAGUUUGAAAGUGUAAGGAGGAGUGUGAAACCCAUGUUGCAUUAAUGUGUGUAUGAGAUGCUGGCCUGUCUGCCAGGGCCAGGUGACCUCUCCCUCCAACUUCUCUCCCACACGCAGAUGAACACUGGACUUCAGAAAUGGGACACUACUCAGAGGAUGAGAUCCGCUCAGUAUCCAAGCCCUGCAGAAUUGGAUGCUUAUGCUAAGAAGGUUGCCAACAACCCCCUGACCAUCAAAAUUUUCCCCAACAGUGUCAAGGUCCCCCAGAGGAACCACGUUCGUCGCACCGUCAACGGCUUGGACACUUCGGGCCCUCGCUACAGCCCUUACCCUCCUUUCCAGGCCACCGCCAAGGCCGGCCUCCUCGCCAUCGUCAAAGUGCCCAUCAUCAAGGGCAUCGUCAAGGAGUUCGACGGCACCCGGGCCCGACUGCACCCGGAGGUCAUCAUGAAUGCCCCCAGUGGUCCUUACGCCCCCGUCGUCGCCUCGGCCAGCACUUUAAACCUCCACCACCACCCCGCACAGGGCCUUCCCAGACCCCCCCAACAUCAACAGCAGGGUUUGCCCCCUCACCCACAGGCUCUCCAGCCUCUGCAGCCAGGGACACUUCAGCAGGGCGUGAGGCAGCCACCGAACAUGGCCCACCACGCCCAGGGUCUGGCUCGACCUCAGGCUCUCUCCCACCCGCCUCCUUUGGGCCAUCCUGGACCUCAGCCACAACCCGCCGUUCUUCUUCAGCAGCAGCACCUCUCGCAAGCUCCGCCGGGUCUGCAGGCCGGAGGCAGGAAGCUUCCGGAAGUGGACGCCCCGCCCAACGUGACCGUCUCUACCUCAACUAUUCCGUUAUCCAUGGCCGGGGGCCUGCACCAGGGUCGGCAGUCGGACCUGAGCAGCAUCGUUCACCAGAUUAACCAGUUCUGCCAGGCGCGAGCCCAGAGCGCGAGCGCCACAUCCAUGUGCGAAGGUCAGAUCGCCAACCCCAGCCCCAUCAGCCGAAACCUUCUCAUCAACGCCAGCUCCCGAGUCUCGAUGAACGUGGGGAACCCCGCCGCGUCUCUGCCCGGGCUCAUGCACCCCUCCUGCGGUGCCAUCGGACCGCCCGACAAAGCCGCUGUCCCGGCACCCCCCCACAGCAUGGGGGCCCUGAACCGCAUGUCCAUGUAUCACGACGACAACAUGAAGCAGCAUCAACAGAACCACCAACAACAACAACAACUUCAGCAUCAGAACCAGAACCACCAACAGCACAUUCACCAUCAGAAUGCACAGCAGCAGCAGCAGCAGCACCUUAGGACCUGGAGCCAACAGCAAAUGGCACAUCUUCAACAUAUUAAUGACAGGAGUGGCCACCCUUGCAAGCACCCUUCCCGGGAGCCCGGUUUUGCCUGCAAGGGUAUGAACUAUCCCCAGGAGCUGUGUAUGGGCCAGCCGUAUUCUGUCAAACCCCCCUUGGACAAGCCCACCCCCUCCCCGCCGGUCGUCAACAGCAACAGCGGAAUGCCGCAGGCCUCCGUGGCGGCGCACUACGCCAACGGCCAGUACUUCCAUCAGCCGCCCGUGUGGAACAGCAUCUUGCCCACGCCCAACAGCGACAGCUCCGGGUCGCAGGAUCUGGCCGGACCCUUUCACGGAGGCAGCGGCGCCGGCAGCUCCGCUCCCCAGGCUGUGGACUGCGUCCCGCAGGGAGGGACAGCCCAUUACCGGCCAGCAGGAGCCGGAUCCACCUCUUCCUCCUCUGGGCAGACUAAUCUAAUGCAAACGGCAGAUUACAUGGGAGGGGACUUCCAGACACCCUGUUUCCGAGAUCAGAAUCUGGGCUUGAUGGGGAAGAUGCACAGGCCCCCCAUGGGGAGGCCAGUCCCAGAGGCCCCUGGUCUGCUCCCAGGGUUUAGAUAAAGCAUGGCCUACACCCCCCCCACCCCCUGCUCUGCCAUUGCCUCCACUGCAGUUAGCCACACACAUCCACACCUUUUGUUAGUCUUAAGAAAACAUUGUUUCAGAACAACAAAGUUAAAAAAAAAAAAAGAAAAGGAAAAAAAAAAAAGAUAAAAGAACGAAUUCAGAAUUAAUGAUUAACGAAGAUCGCUCUCUAAUUCACAAAAAAAAAAACAGAAAAGAAUUCAAACAAAAACAUUUAACAAAGAGCAAUUUAUUUCCUUUCUCUCCCCCCCCCUUCUAUUGUCAGUCUUGCA